UUGAACAGGAGUGGGGAGACGUUUUUGUUUUUUGGCUGGUUUCUUCAUGGCUGAAACAUGCAGAAUUCCAAGGCCAAAAUGGACGAAUUCAAGAGCAAAUUCUUGGACAUAUUGCACAAACAGACGAACCGUCAAAUGAAAAUUCCUGCAAUGGGCUUUUCGGAUUAUUUCAUCCAAACGGUGACCACAGACACCUCGCCCAGUCAUCAAACAGACACCAUAGAUAUGGCGGAUACCACUUCCAGCGAGACGAACGCACAAAAGUCAGACCAGGAGAUCUUGGAGGGCAUCGAACAGUGCUAUUACAGCCCCGACAGCAAUCCGCAGCUGUACGAACUCAAGAAAGUUCUCAACGAUGGAAUAGACAACGAGCUCAUCGAGGUCACCAUUGCACAACUGCGCACUCAGCAAAAGGUUCUCACCAAGCAAGUUCUGCAGAACAUCCUGGAGCAGCGCAAUGCUUGCAGCAGUGAGUUCGCAGCCAUUAACGACACCCAAAAGAAGCUCGAGGAGUCGCUUUGGACCUGUCAGAAGGCGAGAUCUUAUUUAAACUUUGCCCGCACGAACCUAACAACCACAAGCCUUGAGAUCCUAGCAAGCUACCGGAAACGGGAAGUGCUCAAGGAGGUGUUGGACACAUUAGUAGCCAUCAAAAAGCUGCGCACCACCGAUGUGGAAGUGCAGAAGCUUCUGGCAGAUCACAACUAUAGCGCUGCCAUCGCCCUGCUCCUGCAGUGCAAGAGCUCCGCCGAGGCCUACAUGCAGUUUAACUGCGUGCAAUCGCUUUCUAAGAAGCUGCAGGAGACCAUGCUGCUCAUGGAGUUUCAGCUAGACACAGUGCUUAAUGAGAUGGUACUUGGUUUUGAUGGACGGAAAUACGCCAAGCUGCAGGAGGCGUACAAACUGGCUAACAAGUCGCUGAUGGCUAUGGACCAGCUGCACAUCAACUACAUUUCGGCCAUUCACUCUUCUGUGAAUGCAGUGUUGCGUGGUUACAGCGAUCCUGGUCAGGAUGAUCAGGCAAAACCGCUUUACGAACAACUGUGCGAACAGCUUAGCGUGGAUAAGCUACUCCCCUGUUUAAUCAGUUUGUGCAAGACCUUCUGGACUAUCCUGGCCUCAUAUUACCAGGUUGUUAUGUGGCACAACAACUACAAGUUAUAUGGCCUGGAAGAAGAGGAUUCCCCAGAUAUUUACAUUCAGCAGAAACUGAAGAAGGGACAGUCUCGAGUGUGGAAUGAUAUUUUGACAAAAGUGUGUCUGUUCCUUCAAGCGGCCAAGUUAAAAGCGCUCAAGUACGACCAGUUUAUCCAAGUGCUCUCCGUGGUGCAGCGCCUUAAGAAAGUGGGUCUGGAGUUUUGCGGCGAGCAGUCAGAGAAAUUAAUCGAGACGAUGCAGCAGCAGAGCGAAGAGUUCUUCCGACGCUACCAUAUUUGUUGUGUGGAGGAGAUCUGUCUAUUCCUGGAUAACGAAUCUUGGACCCAAGUGGACUCGUUUGCACAUAUCCUGCAAUUGCCGGAAUUCCGAUCGGUUCGACACACUCUUAGACGCCACAAGUCCCCGACAGUAGCUUUGUUGGUCUCAUCUAACAACUCCCCAAUCAGCAAUAAUAACUGUGACGAGCUGGUUUCCGUACACUCCCAGGAUGGCGGCAGCUCGAUUUAUGGUUCCUACGGAUACUUUCUUAGAUUCUCGGAAAAGAGUUCACCCUUUGAUGGUGGAUUGGAUGCCGCUAUGUUGGAAGAGGACAUUCUUUCUGGAAUCGUCGACGAAGCCUCUUGUUAUUUCAGCGAGGAGAGCGAUGACGAGCAGAAGAGUUUGCAAAGCAAAGAGUUCGAUGACACCAACAAUCAACUGCUGGUAAACAACACUGCUCUGAAUGUGCUGCGCAUUAUUGGACGUUAUCUUCAAAUGUGCAAGCUGUUGCACUGCAUCUCGCCCAAGAUUGUGGCUUGUAUGCUAGAGCUCAUUGACUUUUACGCCUACGCUGUGCACGAAAUCUUUGGAAAGGAUGCGCCGGUAGCAACAGAUAAUAUGUAUUCCCAACCACUAGAGCAACGAUUGCGAUCAGUGGAGGUGAAUGUCCUGCCUCAAACCAAGCUUUGGCCACUUAACUUUUCCUCCCUGGCCAACAACGAAUUGGCUAAUCCGGACACACUUUACGGCCUGUCCCAACGCAUUGUAGCCGUGGAGGCCGGUCGUAGUAUGCUCCAGCAGUUUCACAUCCUUCAAAACUAUUUGAACCACCUGCUGCCUCUCGCAGAACGUCCGACUUUGGCCAGUUAUUUGCAAUACAACGAUUAUAUGGUCGAUCUGGCUAAACCCGUUUACACAUGCGUGACGUCGCGCGUCAUUGAUUUGACAGCUAUACUGGCUCAAAUGGGUAAGGUUAAAUGGGAUGUGAAUCAUGUGAUACACCAGCACAGCAGCUACAGCGAUGUUUUAAACAGGAACAUACAAAGCUUUGCUAUGUGUUUGGAGGAAAUUGCCAAGGAGGUGCCAGUGCCCAGCAAACAUGUGUGGAAUUCCAUGGCCCAUGUGGCCACGCACCUACUAGUGGAAGGAUUUUCUAAUGUAAAGAAAUGUUCUGCUGGAGGUCGAGCACUUAUGCAGCUAGACUUUGCGAACUUCAUGUCGUUCCUCGAACUAAUAUCGAACCAAAAGUACCCACAACAUCGCUCCUAUGUAGAUGUGUUCAUUAAGACCUACUACUUUGCGCCCGAGCAGUUCGAGCAGUGGAUUGAACAGCAGCGAUUAGGCACGCAUGAGUAUUCCGUUAAACAGUUGAACAACCUUAUUCAAUGUAUAUUCAGCGACAAGCGUACUCGGCAAAGGAUGCUACAGUUGCUAGAUGUUGGAACACCCAAUGGGGUAACCACGUCGACGACGCCGUCAAGUACGCCGCAGAAGAAUAACCACGGAUCCGUAACAGGCUCAAAUCUAAGCAGUGUUAUCUGAGCUCCCCUUAAAAAUUAUUUUAUUUUAUUUAUUUUUUUAUAACCCCGAGCUAACCUUGUUAGUAGAUCAAUCUCGUGACAUUCUCUAUGUGUAUUUAACAUUCCGUUUAGUGCAAAUUAACAUUGUGUUUAGGCUAAAAAUUCUACCUUAGUUAUACAGGUGAUCUCCAUGAUGUACUUCGUUUCGAAUUUCGAAUCUCCCAAGCCCUCUUAAAGUGCAAUCCACUCUCUGUUUUUCGCUCUCUCAGAUGCAACGCAAUUGGCAAAACUUUGUAAUUGAUAAGUGACAAUUGGUUCAUCGUUCACCGUGACUUAAGUACCUAGAGAAAGCAGACAUAUAUACACACAAAACACGUAUAAUUAAGAUGCAUAAAUACCUAUUUAUUUUACUACCUAUUUAUAAUAUUUAUUUGCAGCAGGAAACGGACAAAUAAUUGUAAAACAACUCAAAUGUAAAGGGCAGCAUAUCGAUUUGAUUUGUGCGCCUACCACGAACACACACCAUUAACUAUUUAGCAACUGUAACAAAAUAACAAAGAUUACAUAUUUUGAGAUAUGCAUAUUA